AUGGAGCUCAAAAAAGUCACGCCUGAGCAUCUCUUGGAUGAGCCGCAUGGAUCAGACGACUGCAUGACAUCGUCACCGACUGCACGAUAUGUGGACAUACAUGGCACGGCUUCAUCCAAGGUCCUGCAGCGAGGUCAGGACUUCUGGGACAAAAUAUACGGCAAGAUAUCAAGACGCAUCAUGAGCCGGAUGGACAGAUCUGGCACAGAAGACCUAGGUUUGACGGCCCGUUUGAUGUAUGGCUACAUUCUGAGCAAUACCAACGUUCUGUCCCCUGUAGAGACGUCGUAUGUCCUCAUCGCUGGGCUGAUACCACAGGACGUGAACCCCCAACUCAAGGGGCACCUCCGAGGCGCACUUAAUGGCGGAGCAUCCGUCGAGGAGGUACGAGCUGUCAGGGACAUUGUCAUGGAGAUUUGCAAGGCUUCGGGCAUGAGGCAGCUUGGUGAAGAUGUGCCGGGUGGAUGGGGUUGGCGCAGCGAGGUGGCCACUUUGUGA